UUGAAGUAAUGGAGUGUUCGAGUGUUCGUUGGAGAAUCUGUUAGAGAUAACGAUGGUGUAAAAGUCCCCGAGCAGGAUCCAAGUCCUCACCCAGAUGUGAUCGCUGAGUGCUGGUGCUGUACUCUGCUAGCAUGACAUGGAAGGCAGCCCGGAAGAGAAGUUGACCCUCUACAGGAGGGAGAGCGCCUUCUCCAGGCACCGCCAGCUGUCUCCCUCCCCCCCUCCACUGUCCCUCCAGGCUCCCCCCCGCCCCUCCAGCCAGGGUGCAAACCACACGGUUGAAGGCCACUGCACGCCGUCCCUGCCUCGAACCUCCCCCGCCCCCCCGCUCAUCGGGAGCCGAGCGCUGUCGCGUGCUUCCUCUGUAGUUCUCCAGUACGAUGACCAGGUUGGGUGCUCUCGCACCUCGCCUGUGCCCCUGCAUUACGAAAACCACGUGUUGUCUCGUGCUUCUUCUGUCAUCCUCCCCUAUGACGACCAAGCCUUAUCUCGCUCCUCCCCUGUGGCGUUCCAUUACGAUAACCAGGCGCUGUCUCGAGCCUCUUCCGUUAUUCUGGAGAGCGAGGAGCGGCCGCUGUACCGUGCCUCCCCGGUGUCCUUCCGCCAUGGCCCGGGCCUCUCCCGAACAUCCCCCGUCUUCCUCCAGCGCGGCCCGGACCUGUCGCGGGCCUCUCCCGUCUCGCUCCAGCAUGGCCCGGGCUUAUCGCGCGCGUCCCCUGUCAUCCUACAGUACGACGAGGACCAGUGCCAUGGCGUGCCUGCCAAAUUGUACGCGGACCAUGAAGCGACUAUGUACAAGGACUGUAACAUGUAUUACUAUGAUGUAGGAUGCAGCACGGACGACCUGCUGGACUCAGAGGAUAUCGUUAAAGAGCUGGAGGACGUGUGCACGCAAGCAGGAGCCUACCUCCUCUCCAGAAAACACCUUUCUCACUCGCCCGGCGACAGGAGCUUUUUCGACAGUGCUUCUCGGGAGUUCGAGGAGCGUGACAUAAGGAAGGACUACCGCGAGCAGGAGACGCAGGUUGGCGUGCCCGAGGACGAGCGGUUCCUGCUGGAGCAGGAAGCAGCGGCGGCUCUGAACUAUGAGAUGGAAUCCGGCCGGGAGACCGAGGCGGAAGCUGCGCCCCGGAUCGGGCUGGAGACAACCGACGAGAGGCGCGAGGUGGAGGGGGCGGGGAAGAGCGCUGCCCGAGGUGACCCUUCGCCCACGCAGUCUCUUGGCGAGCAAUUCCGCUCCAAGAUCUGCAGCGUCCUGGCCAGGAUCGACUCGUCACGCACGCAUCUGAACGCACGCAGGAAUCCGAUGGGCGAGCCUGUUUCGUGGUCGCAGGUCAGAGACACGGAGCAAGCACCCGCGGACCUGGCCAAGGACGGGGAAGGGUCCCUCGCGAAAGAGCACCCGCAGAGCGACGGCUUGUCCCCGGAGGAGGAGAACGGCGCUCCGCUCGCUCGCCAAGAGACCCUGAUGGAGAGAGUGUGUGACUACGAUGACGUCAGCGUCACGACUCUGCUUGCCCUGGACACGUCGACGCCGACACGAUCGCGAUCUCAGAAAUCUCUGAAGUCCACAAAAUCGCAGCGCUCCCAAAAGUCGCACAAAUCCACCAAAUCGCAGCGCUCGCAGAAGUCACACAGGUCCGGCAAGUCCCAGCGGAUGUCAUGGGUCAGCAUCGUGUCACGGGGCAGCCGAGUAUCCACCGUCACGAGCCUUCACCCCGACACCCUGGACCACGAUGGAACGCCUCCAGAUGAUGACUCGGCUGGCGGAGGCAGCGACGGCGAGGGCGGGGGAGGCUUGGGCGGAGGCGGAGGGGCCGGCGCGAACCAGGACUUCCGCACGGUGUACCUCAACGAGCCCCAGCCUUACAAGUACUGCUCGAACGCCAUCUGUACUGCCAAAUACCGCUACAAAUUGCUCUUCUUCCUUCCAAUGUUCCUCUUCGAGCAGUUCCGGCGAUACGCCAACGUCUUCUUCCUCAUCAUCGCACUGCUUCAGCAAAUCCCAGAUGUAUCCCCAACAGGUCGUUACACCACACUGGUCCCUCUCAUCUGCAUCUUGGUGGUGUCCGCCAUUAAGGAGAUAGCUGAAGAUAUAAAACGACAUAGAGCAGAUGAUGAAAUCAACAAGCGUGAGAUUGAGGUGCUUCGUGAUGGCCAGUGGCAAUGGAUUAAGUGGCGCCAUGUGCAGGUGGGAGAUAUUGUCAAGGUUCACAACAACAGAUUCUUUCCAGCUGACCUAAUCAUCUUGGCUUCCAGUGAGCCACAAGCACUGUGCUAUGUGGAAACUGCUAACCUUGAUGGAGAAACAAAUCUUAAGAUACGACAAGGUCUACAAGAAACAGCACACCUCUUGGAAGCACGUGAUUUAAUGAACCUGUCAGGCAAAAUAGAAUGCGAAGCACCAAACAGAUUUCUUUACCAGUUUACUGGUAACUUGAAAAUGACCAGCAGGCAGGCCGUCCCUUUAAGCCCAGAUCAAGUCCUUCUGCGAGGGGCAAAACUCCAGAACACGAAUUGGGUGUUUGGUCUUGUUGUAUACACUGGCCAUGAAACUAAACUUAUGAAGAAUUCUGCUACCUCAGCACCUCUCAAACGCUCUACAGUGGAUAAGCAGACCAACAAUCUGAUCAUUCUGCUAUUUUUCCUGCUUAUAGUUCUUUGCCUCAUUAUGGCAGUUUGUAACUCCCAGUGGGAUGCGAAUCUGCACUGGUACCUCUCUCUUGAUGAUCUGAGUGUCUUCAACUUUGGCAUAAACUUCAUCACAUUCAUCAUUCUGUUCAACAAUCUUAUACCCAUUUCCCUUCAAGUUACUCUAGAGGUUGUAAGAUUUAUACAGGCUGGCUUCAUCAACAAUGAUGUGAAUAUGGUGUAUGAAGAAAAUGACAUCUGGGCAAUGGCGAGAACUUCAAAUUUGAAUGAAGAAUUGGGAAUGAUAAAAUAUGUGUUAUCCGAUAAGACUGGCACACUUACUUGUAACAUAAUGGAAUUCAAGAGAUGUACCAUUGGUGGAAAAGUAUAUAGCAUGGAUGAUGGAAGUGCCCAAGAUUUGAUCUCAUUGGUUGAGACUGGGGGUCCAGGAUCAGCUAUAGUUCGACAGUUCCUGACAAUGUUGGCAAUUUGCCACACGGUUAUACCAGAUAGAGAUGAUGGCAAACCAAAUGGUGGUAUCAUCUAUCAUGCUGCAUCACCAGAUGAGAGAGCGCUGGUUGAAGGGGCCCGAGAACUAGGGUUUGUGUUUGAAACCAGAACUCCAGAACAUUGUAUUGUGGAUGUCUUGGGAACAAAGGAAAAGUAUGAAAUUCUGAAUGUUCUCGAAUUCACCUCACAAAGAAAGAGGAUGAGUGUCAUUGUGAGGACACCACAGGGACAGAUCAAGCUUUAUUGUAAAGGUGCUGAUACGGUUAUAUAUGAGCGACUAGGGGAUAGUCAGCAGUUCCGAGAUGUAACAGUACGACACUUGGAAGAGUUUGCUGGAGAAGGUCUGCGCACUCUUUGUUAUGCUGUUGCAGACAUAUCACCAGAAUUUUAUGAGGAAUGGAAAAAUACUUUUUAUAAAGCAAGUACAGCUUUACAAUUUAGAGAAAGAAAGUUAGAAGAUGCAGCACAGCUUAUAGAGAAUAAUUUGACAUUAUUAGGCGCUACAGCUAUAGAGGACAAAUUGCAAGAUGAGGUUCCUGAGACCAUUGCAGCACUACUGAAGGCUGGGAUUCACGUCUGGGUUCUUACAGGAGACAAACAAGAGACUGCCAUUAAUAUAGGUCAUUCCUGCCACCUACUUACACAAGGGAUGCCUCUUAUAAUACUAAAUAGUGAUUCUCUUGAUGAGACCCGUGAAUCAAUUAACCGCCAUGUGAUUGAGUUUGGAGAUCAAUUGAAGCGGGAAAACGAAGCUGCCCUCAUUAUCGAUGGGAAGACUUUGAUAUAUGCCCUAACACCUGAUUUACGAAAAGAUUUCUUAGAUCUCUGUAUAUCUUGUAAAAGUGUUAUUUGCUGUAGAGUGUCACCUAGCCAGAAAGCUGAGGUCGUAGAGCUCCUGACUCGAGAAACAGGUUCUGUUACUUUGGCCAUUGGAGAUGGAGCUAACGAUGUUGCCAUGAUACAAAAAGCCAAUGUCGGUGUUGGAAUAGCAGGCUUAGAAGGUUUACAAGCAGCUUGUGCAUCUGAUUAUGCCAUUGGCCAGUUCCGUUUCUUGGCCAGGCUACUCUUUGUCCAUGGAGCUUGGAAUUAUAGUCGCCUGUGCAAGGUGAUUCUGUAUAGUUUCUAUAAGAACAUUUGCCUCUAUGUUAUUGAGCUUUGGUGGGCUGCAAUGUCUGGCUGGUCAGGGCAAGUGAUAUUUGAGCGCUGGAGUAUAGCUAUGUAUAAUGUGUUAUUCACAGCAGCGCCUCCCUUAGUCAUGGGAAUUUUUGACCGAUCAUGUAGUGCAGAAACGAGAAUGAAAUAUCCAGAGCUCUAUCGUGAAUCUCAGAGUGGGUCUCACUUCAACUGGAAGGUCUUUGUAUGGUGGGUAUGGCUGGCGCUCGUACAUUCUGUAAUGGUGUUUGUGCUGCCUUACCUGGCCAUGACUCAGGAUGUUGCUUGGGGUCAUGGUCUUGUUGGAGGCUACCUCAUGGUGGGCAACAUGGUGUAUUCGUAUGUGGUGGUCACAGUGUGUCUCAAGGCAGGACUGGAGACAGAUGCAUGGACCUGGGUGACCCACUUGGCUAUUUGGGGAUCCAUUGCUUCGUGGUUCAUCUUCCUGCUGGUUUACUCAAACUUCUGGCCUGUUCUACCAAUGGCGCCAGACAUGUGCGGGAUCUAUCUCCAGGUGUAUUCAUCUCCAGUGUUUUGGUUUGGAUUGAUAUUGAUACCCCUGGCCUGCCUGAUGCCAGAUGUAUGUGUUAAAACGAUACGAAACACAGUAUUCAAGAGCUUAACAGAACAAGUGCGUGAGAGCGAGAUCAGCAACAAGGAUGUAUCAAAAGUUCUUGACACCAAACACAGGCUCACCGAAACUGCUCGACUUCUAAAGAAUGUGUUCCGUAGAACCACAACCAGAGUCAACUUAGAAGUAGAGCUUGCUCAUGGCUUUGCAUUCUCGCAAGAAGAGCAUGGAGUGAUGGGCCAGUCAGAAGUUAUCCGGGCCUAUGACACAACCCAACCCAAACCAGGUGGUAUGUAAGCUGAUGGAGUUCAACAGGAUUCCCAAGAGUGUUGUAUUCCUAUUUAUCACACUAUGGUCACACUUUGGUCACAAAUAUGUACUCACACAGUUUUUUGAAUUUACAGUGAAGAUAAAAGUAAAGGUAAGCAGAAAAGUGGUUAAAGAGGCAUUAAGGAAAUGAACUGAAUGAUAAAAUAUGACAGAAUAUGAUCUACUUAAUUUAUAAUCCAUGUAUGGCCUGUUAGAUACCAAAGGUUUUCUAGUCUUCUGUCACUCUUUCCAGUUGCUUUCUUUUGGUAGUGUAAUUAUUCAAAUUGUACAUCAGCAGACACAAGCUUGUCACAAAAUAUAAUACUUCAGAUCUCAGAAUGUUAACAAUUGAGUAAAUGAUUUAUGAUCUUUAACCAACUUCUUUUUUAGGCUUCUGUAUGGUUGUGUUUUUAUGCAUUUGUAACAUAAUUACAGUUUUGUGUCACUUUAGCGUGUUACCAGAAGGCCAAGAUCACUUUUCGUAGGUGAUAAUUAAUUGCUCUAGCGGUUAACUGAAUGUGUUAAUUGUUAAACUGAAAGCUAGAAUUCUGGACUGACUUCAGCUUGCAGCAGCAGUAGGAUUUUGUAUAAUUCCAUAAGAAAUCAGAAUUCAUACCACUUGAAAAUUCCAAAUGAGGACUUAACAAAUAACAUGAGAUUAUCUUUUGUCCUCUUGGAAAUGUGAGGGACUUAUCAACAGGUAAAGAUAUAUGAAUUUAUGUUGGAAUGUUCAUAUAGUUGGUGUUAAGUUAGUUGAAUAAAUACCAUGUUUAAAUGUUUAAAGUUUAAACCAGUGUUUGUGAGAAUCUUAACAGUUAAAUGAUAACAAAACAACAGAACAUUCUGAAACACAGCAGUUAUUUUCAGUGUUGAGUUUGAAGGGUGUUGACGAACUGUAUUGCAAUCAUGAACACCAACAACUUAAACACAAAAGGAAUUUAUGCCAGUUGAUGAUAUAUGCAAACAAAGAUUAUACAUUGUUCAUUUGAGGAGAGUCUGGAUAAUGAAAGAAAAUAACAGUUCUAAAUCCUUGAAAAUUAUGAAAAAUCUGAAUGGUAAUUUGUGUGUGUAAUACUUGUAUAAUAACACUUAAUUUGUCCUUGCUUUAUAUAAAAAAUACACAUGUAGGUUUUUCAUUAUGCACUCUAAUAAUUUUAAAAAUUGGAAAUAAGACCUAUUUGUCAAAUGACCGGGAAUUAAAAAUUUGAACAGCAUACUCUGAUCCUGGCACCUGUAACCAAGACAUAUAGUAAAGGAUGCUCUUCACAUAAUGCAGUCAUUAAUGUCAGUGAUAAAAAGACUUUCUAGCUGAAAAUUAUAUCAUGGAUAGAAUAUGUAAUUGAAUUUACACUGGAUUAAUUUGUAAUUGCAAAGGUUGCAAAUGAGUACAGUUGUAUUCUCUUUAUGAUUUUGAUAAACUAGGAAGAACAUAAACUGAAGAUAGGAUUAAAUCAAUAAUUGUCCAGCCAAUUUUACAGACUUUGUAUAGGAAUUUGAGUAGUAACUUUCUAUAGAUGAAGACUAUAAAUUUUUCUUCAAAUGAAGGUAUUGCACAUGGCUAUCAUUAUCGUCAACUAAGAGAACUUGUCAUUUAAUUAGAGUAGGAUCCUCCAUGUAAAAAAAAUGAAGCCCCACAUGUGCCUGAUAGUCCAAGAUGAUGUACCUAGGUGUUGAAAUGACAGACAAGCAAUUUAGAAGAAUUUAGAGAGAGUGAGAAAAAAGAUAAACAUAAAAUCUACUUUUGAUACUAGCAAGACUUUGGUAUUACUGAACAGCACAGGUGCAUAAAGCCAAGAGGUAUAUACUGGCUAAUUGGUCAAACCCAUCUGGACUAUUGUAGGUGUUUUGGGAAGGCAUCAUUGGCACUUAGAAUAAUAAAGCAAAAUCUAAUUGCAGACUUUUUUUUUGUAAAGUAAUGAAAGUAUAUAAUGAAGAGAUGGAUUUUGAUACUAAUAAAGUCACUGUUUAUCCAAUGGUACGUGAGUAUAGGUAAGAAAUACUGUAAAGCUGUGUUGAUUAAAUUAGAUCAUUCUUUCAUUUGAUUAUCUUGUAUAAACAGAUAUAUGUCAUGGAAGAUAAAUAAACCUCUUCAAGUUGAUGAUGGUAGUUAGAAGUAAUAUGGAAGCUUUGCAAAUCUUCCAUGGUCACUAUACCAUAAAGGUCACAGGAUGUUUUUCCGUGUGAUAUGUUCCUUCCUACAAAUAUGACAUUUUUCCAGUAGGGAAUUUAUAUGUGGUCUGCUAUAUGGAUUGUGUCUGUGUUGUCUAGUUACGAUGGGUGUGUGUCACUGUGUGUGGCCCUUUGCAGUGAUCCUUAUUCUGGCCUGCCAUCAUACAUCUCUUGCUGAUUCAUCUUUUGUGAUUGACUUAAUGGUACAAUUCUUCACUUUAGAUGAAUGAGAAUAAAGGUAACAAGAUAAUAAAAAUUCUUUCAUACUGCACCCUUAAUACCAAGAGAGGAUGUUCUAUAGUCUAUUGUGCCAGGAUAAGUUGGUAUAUUAGUCAACUCUUGUCACAUACACUAAAUUUUUAAUGUACUUAAUGGGAAGAGAAAAUAUAAAGAUUCAGGUUUAUUGAAAAAAUGAUGUGUAUUUGUCUUCUAUUCUUGUUUCAUAUGUAUGUGUGUUAUGUGUGUGUGUUUGUAUGUAUGUACAUGGCAAUGAGACAGACAGGAUAUUCACCUGUCUGUCUAUUGACUUCCUUGUGGUAUUGGGCGCUGAAUAUCAAAUCACCUGCUCUGUGUCCGUGGGUUAUUGUACGACAUGUCAGACAAAUGCCUGAAGUCCCUAGAUAGUAUUGACAUUUAUCUGAGGUUAUCCCCUACUUUACCUUUGAUAUUAUAUAUCUAAUAAUAAGUUAUCAGAAUGCAAUGAGUAGUAUGACAGAGUAUUUCUUAAAAAGGCUUCACAUCAUUGUAAGUUGAGUUAAAGCUACCUGAUAGAUAAAUAUUAUAUUUUGCAUAAUCAGCUUUAUAUGUUUUCCACUGAAUUCCCCUCCCUCCACCUGCCCUUUCCCCUAUUUGAUUUGAUAUUUUAAAUUAUAAAUAUUUUAUUCCCCAAGAAGCAAGAAAAAUGAGUAUUCUUGCAAUAUGUAGUUGAUGGGUAACAGAAAACAGUGCAGAUAUUGUUGACUUGUGGAGCUUCAUUUAAUAUUUUUGUAACAUAUAUCAUGUUCAAAAUAUUCAGGCAGGUCUUAAUAUUGUGUUGUGCAUGUAUCAAAGGAAUUCUAAUUACAUGGUUAUAAGUCUUGA